GUUUAUUCACAUAUUGUACAAACAUAACUAAAACAUAUAUAUAUAUAUAUAUAUACAUAAGUAAACAUUGUUUAGUUGAAUAUUGACAAUUUCUAAGUACAUACAUGUAAUUAUGAUAUACCCAGAUAGAGACAGAGGAAGUGUCCUGUCUCCUUUUAGGGGCAAACUGUCUUCUCUAGCUCCUACAUAUUGCAGAUAGACAUAUAGACUAUCUCCUCUACCUGAAAUCCUGGACUUGCUUUUGAAAUUAGAUAUGACAUUUCAUAUUGUUCAUAGUAUUCAUGACUGCAAUAUACUUGAUAAUUUAGGAGAGGCCCUAGAGCUAUCUGAGCAAUAUACAGGAAGCGGGACUCCUGACAUAGUGACACUCAGACACCCAAAUACAGGAGAAGCAGCUGUGUUCUUAUUUUCUCCUGCAAACAAUUCUGUCCAAGAAGUUCUUACUUUUAAUGAAGGGAAGAGAUCAUGGUUCAUUGAUGAAACAGUUAAAAGUGAUGGCAAGAUGCAUCUGUCUACCCCUAUUGAUCCAAUAUUUUUAGUUCUUCCAUAUUUACGAAAAUAUUGUACAAACCAGGCCAUUCCAUUAGAUCAACUUUUAAGAGAUGAAGAAUUUCCAGAAACUGAAAGACUACUCAAAUCUAGUGGUUUGAAGUACCUUAACAUGAUAUCUGACAGAAAGGGUGAUGAAGAGUUAAAUGCAUUUAAAUAUAAUGAAGAAAAGACAUUGAUGUGGUUGAAGAAAAAAAUUGAAAGGGUGGCAGAGAUACUGAAGCAAAAGAACAUUCAUGUUGGUGGUGGUGCAGUUUCUGCUACAUUUGUCAAGUCAUCUAGAACUGAAACAAUUGAUAAUGAUGCAUACAUAAGGUAUGCACAUGGAAUUGUCUCAGAAUACCUCAUGGAUGACCUGAGUCAAAAAUUGUUGAAAUUCCUCAACUUACCAGCCGAAGAACCUCAAGGAGUUAAACGAAAGAGUGGUGUUGCUACUUUGCAGCCUUCGCCUGAUGCCAAAAGACAAAAACCCACAGAAGAAGAAAAUAGCAAUUCUACUAGUGCAAGGAUGGGAUCAAACGUACUAGAUUUGAGUAAACCAGGGGCCCCGCCGUACCCACCUCAAACCCAGUCCCCAGCACCAUCGACAAAGGAGAAGGCUCGAGCGAAAGCAGCCAGUGGAUCAAAGAGUAUCACCUCCUUUUUCAAAAAGUCGUAAAAUGCUGAGGAACAUGGCAGUGACAGAGAACAGGAUUUGUGAGAGUGAGCGUGAAUACUCGACCUAAUGUUUUUUUAAGAUGAGUUUGUGAAUUUGGAUAUUACGUACUGAAAUAGCAUUUGAUGGUGUGCGUUUUAACGAUCUUGAUUUAGUGAAACUUUCAGAUAUGGAGAUAAUUAAUUCUGUGUGCUUCAAAAUGUCUUAGAACAGUUUUACUGAUAUUCAGUGGACUUGGCUGUAUUUAGGGCCGUAUCGUCAGUCGUUCCUACAAUUAUAGGACGCCUUUAUGGCCUGCUUGAUUUUACAGUCUUUUCUCUCCUUCAGAAAGGCUAGGUAAUUUAUAGUCUUCUGCUGUUCCGUGUCAGUUUUCUUUUUGAAUUGUAGGAAAUUUCAGGCUAUAUGACAGAUGAUAUCAAUCAAAAGCAUGAACAAUUUGAUGCAAAUAGAUAUUUGUAACAAAAUAGAGCGCUGACACGGACAGUAUGAAACUAUGAAAAUCAAGGAGGCCAUAAAGGUGUCCUACAAUUGCUGGAACUACUGACUAUACUUAGACUAUAAAACUAAUUGUAAUUUUUAUUACUUGUACAUAUUAAUGAGUGUAUCUACUAAAUACUGUAUCUGUACUAAUGCUAACCAAUCUGAUUGUAAUCAAACUUUAAACUCUACAUUUUUCCAGUACGUCAGUGGUCUGUCGUGUCAGAAAUUCCAUGUAAUUAUUUGUAAAACCCACCAUCGCCAUACCAAAAUGGUAUGUAAUGAAAUUCAUCAAAAGUUUUUUUUAUUGAAUUUUUUUAGAUUUGCCUUUCAACAAUAAAAGUUUCACAAUUGUAGAAUCUUGAUUCUUGCCAUAUCCAGCGAGUGUCGAAUAUAAUACCGCCAAAUUGUGUUGAAUACAGUCAGUACUGAGACUACACAAUUACCAAGGAAAAUAUGUUAUUUUUUGGAGAAUGUAAUAAUUCUUGAAUUUCACACUUGUUUUUGAAUCCUGUACAGGCAGGUAGGAUAACUUUAUAACUUGAUAGUCGAUCAAUAGAAAUGCAGAUACUGUUAUUCUUUUAGAUAAAAAGCAAUUGCAAACAAUAUGUCACAAACGGUAUCUUGGAGAACUUACUUUACGCUUAAUAAGGAAGUUUCCUAUUUUUUGAAACACACUUAAAAAUGAUAAUCCAAGUAAAUCGCUCGCAUCGCUGAAAAAAAUUAUAUUUUUAAAAGAUCGCAAAAUUAUGUUACCCAGAAGAUUCUUAUUUGGAGAAUCGCCUUGCUGGAGCUUGUGACUGACUGACUGACACCAUUGCCACCACACGCUUCGUGUAUAUUACAAACGUGUUUCCCUGUGCCAAACUAUAAAAAAAGGUUGGCGUCACGUUGGUAGACUACACUUUCCACACAACGCCGUUAUCAGUUCAUAAAGGAUUAUAUUCAGAACAAACUAGAUCGUCUGUGCAAAAGGUAAGUCCAACAGGUCCGUGCAACUAGUCCAUGGACAUUCUUUCCCUGCCCUACUGGUAGUGCAUCUGGAAACGUCGCCUCUCCCCGGACAGAUGAGGCAGCGCGCACAGAGCAUAGGAAACACUGUGGCGCAGUAGAAAUACGUGUAAUACAGAACAAUAGAGCACUCAUCAAGGCCGGCGGUAGGUACGCGAUACGUCCGCUGAGAAUAUUCUUCUAAGCUUUAAGUGCUGAUGUACGGAGAAGUCUGUGAUGUAUGAAAUGCGUCUUAUAGGUGCGUAGAAUACCAAGGUACAACACCUCCCAAGUCUUUUUGCCUCAUUUUUUUUUAUAAAAUGUCCAAAAUCCUCUGAUACGUCCCGAAACGAAGUUUGAGCAACUUUUAUUCUUUUUCGUUUUUGGCCUUUUUCUCUGCCGCCGCUCGACCGAUUUCGAAAAACUACAAAGCUUUUGCGUCCUUGGCAUUGCAUAAAAAUUUUAUCGAAAACUGAUCGGCACUUCUCAAGUUUUAGGCGGUUAUAAGAUUAGCGGACAGACCGACAGAAAUGAGUGACAUGGUUUAUCGAGAUGUAUGUACAUUUCAUAUAAGAUCCAAAAAACAUAUCUCAUUUUCGAAACAUUUCGCGAUAACAAUUCUUCCCGCCAGUAGGCGUGGGAAGUAAUUAGAGAAAAGUGGUUGUUGGUAAUGAACAGGGACUAUACAUUUCCUCUUUAGGGAAUAUCAUUGUACUGCUGCGAAUCUCAUUUUGAUGUAAGUAGGUAUUUAGGUAAUAUGGUCAAAAUGAUUAUUUUAAGUAUUAGAGUGUGCCUAUUCUAGUUGGUGUAAACGGGGACGAAGAUUUCCAAAUAACAACACUUACCCCAAUAUCAAUGACGAACCAUUGGUUCUACUCCCAGCUAGCAGAUGGUCAGCGCCGCUUGUUACAAAGAAUUUAUAAAAAGGCUCUUAGCCAUCACCCGGCGGCCAACAAGGGGUAGUCAUUGGCGUUAUUAAGAAUAGAUGUACGAUGACGUGGUUAUGAAAUCAACUUCCGGGACCGAACAUUGAUUUUUUCACUCCAAAAAUAAACCUAAGACAAGACCUUUGGACACGCUUUAUACAAUCAACAUCAUACCUUGUUAUACAAAUCCAUAAGCACGGCCAAUCCACUUAUCAAAAUGCUUUGAAAACCUCAGGUCACUAUCCAUAGUCAAAUCUAAAUUCCUAGUAGCAGAUGUAUGUUGAAUAACAUUAAUUGAAAUAUGGAAUGAAUUUGCUACACUCUUUUUGUGUUUCCCGAAACAAUAAAACAUUUGACUUCGUUGUUUUUGUAAUCAUUGGUUAUUUUGCAAGAUUUUAAGCAGGUGAAACUUAACAACAGGUCUUGAAAAAAUAAACAAUUUGUGCCAAUCAUACCGGUUCGACAAUUUGUUGCGCUAGAAUUAAAUUAUUGAACGAAUAUUGUCAAUGUUUUUAUUUUACCAUUGUGCUUCAAAUCAGUGAUUCUUAAGUGUUGUGAAUGAAACUUUUCGAUUUAUACGAACAUCUUAAAUGAAUAAUAUUUUGUCUCACAUAUGUUCCUAAUUUAUGGUGUUUCUGUGUAUGAUGGCUAAAUAAAUCGAUUGACAACUAAAAUCUUGCUUUUUGGUGAGGUACAAGUUACAAACCGAGUGGUAAAUUUUACGAACCAGCCGGAUAAUUGUACCGUUUGCAGGUCUUUUUAAAAGGCUAAUUAUUCCAAUCUCUCAGUAUUUGCAUUCCAGCUUUAUGCUGUGCAUCCUGCUAGAAACAUGUAAAAUAAGCUUUUAAUCAUUAU